CCAUGGCAGGAGUUUGGUCAUCUUCCUUUGUGUGCAGUUUGUUCUUUUGUGCCGCUAGUUCUCAGCAAAUUUAUUUCAAUGACAAAAAUGAUUGCGUCCGUAAUGAUCAGACGACACAGACAUUUGAUGAAAAGGUUGAGUACUUAAAACAAGAAAACGCGAGACAAAUUGAGUUAUUAAGACAUGAGAUCGCGAAACAAAUUGAUUCCUUAAGACGUGACAAUACGCGGAUUACCGCCAAUCAAAUGAACAUUCAAGAAGAAUUCGAUGAGUUGUUUAGCAUCCUAAUGAAAAAUGUUACCAACAUCCACGAAGAUUUGAAGAGCUAUAUACUGCAAACCAUCGAGUCAGAGUUACACAGAUAUAAAGAUUGUAAGAACCUCUAUAUUAAUGGUAAUACGGAAUCUGGUGUUUAUGCGAUAUAUCCAUUUAGUAUUGAAAGCAAGGUCAGCGUCUUCUGUGACAUGAUGACAGAAAGUGGAGGGUGGACGGCAAUCCAGAAACGUGUGAGUGGAUCAGUGUCAUUCGACAGAACAUGGUCCGACUACAAGACUGGGUUUGGUAAAGCCAAUGACUCAUACUGGAUAGGAAAUGACGUCAUACAUCAACUUACCAAGGGAAGAAACUCCUCCCUCUACGUCUCUAUCACACUGACUAAUGGGACGAAGCUUUAUGAAUUAUACAACCAGUUCUCUGUUGCUGACGAAGCGAACAAAUACAGACUUUUUCUAGGAGGACCAGCUACCGGGACCCUGGGGGACUCUAUGUUACACACUGGUUACCCCUAUUACUAUGAUCUGUCUGGGAUGUACUUCAGUACCUCAGACAGAGAUAACGACGGGUGGAGUUUCGGUAACUGUGCUGCUGUCAGUACCCGUAGAGGAGGCUGGUGGUUUAAUGAGUGUCACCGAGCCUUCCUUAACGGUCAGUGGUUCCCGGGGUCCUGGAUCAAACCAUGGUAUCCUACAGUGACUAAAAGUAAAAAGAUAAAAGAGACUCUCAUAAUGAUAAAACCUACCUGACUUUUUAUAUCUUUAUAUCCAUACUUGUUCACGCAUGAUAUGAAAAGUUAUAUACUUGUAUUAUAGAUGAUGAAAACUUGAUUGUUAGACAUAAAUGUUGGUAUUGAUGUUAUAUUACAUAACAAAUUUAUAAAUAUAAUACCAUUUUGUGUAAUGAAUUUAAUGAAAAAUCCCAAUAUGCAUUAUGUUUAAAAAUAGUUUUAUACAUGGAACCUUACUUCCUAAAAACAAGAAAAUUGCAUUCAAUCAUUCUACAUAAUAAAAGUUUUGUUUCUAUAUAAGUGUCUUCUUGCUAUUUAUCAAAUAAUAUUAUGAAGUAUAUAAAUAACAAAGGAAAUGUUUUAUACACUCCAUGAAUUUUAACCGAUACCCGUGAAAGGUCAUAUGACUGGUGAGAAGUAGUAUAUAACUCUAUCAUUCUAUUAUCUCUGUACACGUGUGUAGUUAAGAUUUAUUUUCAUAUACAAACACUUUUCUUUAUUAGCAGGUGCAAUGUGUUUAUAAAGUGUGCAGAAAAUGCUGCAUUUAAACGUCAAAU